UUCACAUAUUGCCAGGGCAGAAGUAACUGCUGCAUUGGUUUGGGUUUAUAUGAUUUUCCAAUAUUUUUACAUUUAACUCAGACGUUCGGAUCGGAUUUGUUAAUUUUAUAGCUUUUACCUUAAUUAUUAAUUAUUACAUAAUACAACAGUAAUGAGAGAAGUUAACACAAGAGUUUUAUAGAAACCGUAUUGCAAAAAAUAAAGAAUGGCCAAGAAUAAGAGCACCGUGUUCCUUGGAUACGAAGACGAGGAAAUUUCUGCAAAACAUGCUACACAACUAAAUAGCACAGUUAACAAAAUCGGAGGCACACCAGAUUGGCCAUUUAACGAUAUAAAGGUGCCACCAUGUCCUAUAUGUAGUUCAGCACGUCCGUUAUUAGUGCAAUUAUAUGCACCAUUAGAGCAUUCCCAAUUUCAUCGUACACUUUAUAUAUUCGCUUGUCUGAAUCCCAUCUGCUCACAAAAUUCUAAAAGUUGGCUAUGUAUACGCACACAACAUCUAGAAACACCAAAUCCGGCUGAUAUAAUUAGUGUGGUACCACCACCACCUGGUAGCAAAAAGAAGAAAAACAAACAGUCAAUAGCAGCAUUGCCAAUGCCACAUAAAGUUAAUUGGUGCAGUGGUGCGGAUGAUUGGGGUGAGAAUACUAUUGAUGUAGAGGAAAUGGAUACUGAAGCCGAUGAUGUGCAAUUUCAAAACGAAGAAAAUGGUAAUGUGAUUGCAAAAAACGAUAAUUCACCAGUACGACCGUUACAAAGUAAGAUACCAGGUGCAUCUUUGGUUGGUUCAGAGGAAGAAGAUGAUGAUGAGGAUGAGAGUACUUCGAUGGAAAAUGACUUAAUUUGUGGUUUUGGUCAACUGGAUAUGCAUGCAGCACAACACGGUGCAGAGGAUCCUAAUGCUAACUGUGCUGGAGGUAUAGCACUUGAUGGACUUUUGGUUGGACCUGGUGCUUCCGCCACAAUAUGUGCUGAAAUUGAAGGCGCCGAAACUGAUGUAGUACUUGUUGAAACACCAAAGAAACCUGAACGUGAUUUAAUUGCGUUAUUUAAGCACACUCCACAAUCGGCAGCCUUGGGCCCAUUAGCUAAAAUUACUGAUGUGACAAUAAAACCAUAUUUCAUAUCAGUUGAUAUUGAAGUUGGACAAGGUCAGAACGAAUACGAUUACGUAGGUAGCUUAUCUGCAGAUCAUGUACUUGAAUUAUAUCAGGAUUAUAAGCGACAAGAUGAAACAAAGCAUUCUCCCAGCGGCGGGGCCGUUGGCGCUACUAAUAUCAGCGAUACAAUUGGCAUUGUGAAUGGUGGCGGUGGUGAUGAAGGUGAAGUAUAUGAAAAAACUUUGCCUGCACAUGGUGAUAUUAUUUUCCACCAAUUUGUCAGCACUCUACAACGGUAUCCUGGUCAAGUUUUAAGAUACUCACGUGACACAUAUCCGUUAUUAAUUGCACCACUUGCUGAGGCUUUUCCUAAGUGCCCAAAUUGUAAUGGUGAUACCAUAUGCGAAGUUCAAAUACUCUCUACACUUAUACCAAAACUACGUUUAAACCAAAACAAUGAACCUGCACCUAUCGAAUAUGGAAAUGUUUUGGUGCUUACAUGUUUAAAAAGUUGCUGGGAUACACCUGAUAAGAUGCGUUAUGAGCGAGUUAUAAUACAAGUCGAGAAAUAAGUAAAAAAUGAUUAUAGCUGUUACUUAGAGUUGGUAUACCAUUUUGAAAUUAGCUUAACAGUGUAACAGUGUGGUCAGUAGUGCACAAUUUCUAGAAGUUUUGUUAAUUUAUGGAGGAAGUAUAUAUUAUUGAAAAGUAGUAUGCACUAUCAGUCAUUGCAUUUAGAAAAUGUUAAGAGUUUUAGCACUAUGUUCAGUUUUCAUUAGAACUCAAAUAUAACAUUAACAUUGUCUCCCUCUGGAGACCUUAUGCUCCUAUAGGAGAUAAAGGAACUAACAACAUUGUUUCAUUUACUUCGCACACUCCACAAGAAAAGUUAACGAUCUCACGAGUCUAUAGAAACUGCAUAAACAAAAAGUCAUCCAAAAAAUCUUGCAUUAUAUUUUUCUUGUGUUUAUUAUUAAGCUUUAUAGGCUCAGAAGUUUAAAUAUUGAUUUUGUUUCUCAACUGUUAUCCGCGCAAAUCGGAACAAAAUUUAGCGGUCCCAUAUUAAACAUUCUUUCACUAAGAUUUGUUUUAUAAUGUAGCAGACAUAAUAUAAACAAACACCUCCGUUACUCAUUUGGUUCACUUGAGAAAAGUAUUAUUCACUUAUUCUUAAGCCACACUAUACGCAACAGCAUUAAGAUACUAACAUCAAAAAUAAGUUUUCAGAAAGAAUUUUAUAAUAUUGAAUAAAAAAUACUAAAUAGUUUUAAAUUAUAUAAACCGCUUCCAUAACAACCGAAAUCGUUAGCACACUGACACGCUGUACAUUGUUAAAUUAUUGGAAAGCUAAAAAUGUACCUAGCGAAAGAUUAAAUUAUUUCAAUUACAUUUAAAUUAUUGAUGAAAACAUUUUAGUCUCGCUUUAAAGCAGGCUUUUUAAAAUAUAUUAACUAUUUAUCAGAUUAAAUUUUAAACUAAAAUUAGUAGUUGUGAAAGAAUAGUUAGCAUUGUAGGUAAAAAGUAAUUUAUAUCAAAUUAUGAUAUAGUAGAAUCGUAGGUUUACGAGUAGGUUUCUCACUGUGAAUUAUUAAAAUUUUAUCAUUCAUUAAAAAAUUUAAAAAAUUAUUAAUGUUAGAGCUAAGCUUGUCAAUUGUCCAUUUUGAAACUAU